AGUAAAUGACUUUAAAUAUUUUAAAAUUAAGUUCUACUUUAUUCAGUACAGCAAGUGCAAAGAUUUACACCAGUAGUAGACGUUUGAAAACCGGCGGUUUUUGUCUACUUUUCACACGUCACUAACUUGAGCAAUCACUGUAAUGGUACAACGCGGACUGAAUACUCCACUAAAACUUUUUCGUAACAAAAUAAAUUGAUUGAAGCUCGAAUUCUAGAACUUUAUAUGUAGAAUUAUUUUACAUAGACGACCUUUAACAAAUGUCAAACAGUAAGCGUAUGAAGUAUGAGGGUCCUUCUACCAGACAAAUGGGGAACGAUACCAAGCUCGAUAAGGCUCCGUAUAUACCUGGAUUAACCAAAGAAAUAAUCCAAGGACAAAGAGGUUCCAUGCAAAAUUUUGAUGGCAUUCCACAAAUUUUAACAAUGGAGAAGGAUGAAGAUGGACGAAUAAUUAAUGCAAAUUGGUCAGUUAAAGGCACCUCAACUUACAUUCUUACAUUGAAAUGUAAAAAUUUACAAAACAUUCAACCCUCGUAUUUCAAAUGGGAUAAUUUCGUCAUAACUUGCUCAUGUCCUUAUGGCAAGAAGAGAAAAGAAUUGAUUUGCCAGCAUGGAUAUAAAUGUUUAACAACCGUUGUAGAUACAACUUUAGAAGCUGAAGAAAAGAAGAUCGCUGAAGAAAAACGUAAAAAAUUGGAAAAAAUUGCUAAAGAAGAAGCUGAAAAAGAAGCAAAAAUUGCUGAAGAAAAAGCUAAAAAGGAAAACAAACUUGCCAAAGAACAGGAAUUAGCAUUACCUGGAGAAAGAGAUAGAAUUUUACGUGGCCUCGAAACAAUUGAACGAUAUAUCAACUUGAAGGAAUUUGUUUUGGAAAAGUGUAAUGAAAGUGUUGAAUCAUUGGAACAUCUUUCAAAAUUAUUUCCUCAAUCUUUAAUGCCCAAAAUUAGUGACUUGACAACGAAAUGUGAACGAUGUGGAAUGUUUUUUGCUCCAGCUUACAAUACCGACAAAAGUUGUCAAAUGGAUCAUCCAAAUGAUUGUCUGCAAUUCAUCGAAAAAUAUGAAUAUGAAUGCAUACGAUGUCUCAACGCUUUUUAUCAGGGAAGAAAACGCAAAGUUUUGUGUUUUGUAGGUACACACACAAUUGAUAAGGAACUUGUUGAAGACGAAGAAUGGGAUCAAAUUGCCGACGGUUGUUAA